GGUAAAUAUGACCUACUUUCGCAUUGAAUGAGUUUUAUUCGACUUGAUCGGAAGGCCACUAGAUCCUAUAUAGUGGAUUCUAAUACCAUUUUGUUAUCUUUGUCACUGCCUCUGUAAUGAAUGAAUACUGAUUAUCUGUAUGAGCCGGUCGCGUUUUACCCAUGUCAUCGUUAAAGCGCCCACAGGGACCCUCAGAGCCGGGGGAAUGGGAUGAAGGAGAGGAUAACAGGUCAAGGUCAUCGUCCAGUGCGCGUCAUUUGCGCAAACGUAUUCGCACGUCCAAGUCUCCAGCCUCAUACGAAGGAACCGGAUUGAGUGACAGUGAAAAUGAAGAAAGAAUUCAGCGGUCUAUCACCCAGGCUUUAGAAUACGACGAGGACGAGCUUGAGUUACGUGCAACGCAACUCAUCCAGGAGAAGUACUCUUUCGCUAGUGACGAACCCAAUGUCCCUGCUGAACAUGGAAUUCUUGAACGUGUUGAAUGCUACAACUUCAUGUGUCAUGACCACUUUUGUAUCGAACUGGGGCCAUUAAUUAAUUUCAUAGUUGGGAAGAAUGGCAGCGGCAAGAGCGCAGUUCUGACAGCUAUAACCCUUUGUCUGGGUGGCAAAGCAUCUGCUACAAAUCGCGGUCAGAGUCUUAGGAGUUUUAUCAAAGAAGGCAAAGAGAGUGCCACUAUCGUUGUGCGCAUCAAGAAUCAAGGAGACGGUGCCUAUAUGCCGGAUGACUAUGGAAAAUCCAUUGUUAUUGAACGUCAUUUCACAAAAACUGGAAUAAGUGGCUUCAAAAUUAAGGCAGAGAAUGGGCGUAUAGUUUCUACCAAAAAAGCCGAACUAGACGCUAUCAUCGACUUUUUCACAUUACAAUUUGACAAUCCGAUGAAUGUUCUCUCACAAGACAUGGCCCGCCAAUUCUUGAGCAGCUCAAGUCCUGCUGAGAAAUAUAAGUUCUUUGUGAAAGGUGUUCAGUUAGAGCAGCUUGAUCAGGACUAUCGACUGAUCGAAGAAUCUGCUGAUCAGAUUGAGGAGAAGCUCAGGGGGCGAGAGCAAGAUAUUAUGACCCUAAAAAACCGCAAAGUUGCAGCAAACCAGAAAUUGGACAUAUCUGAUCAACACGAAUCCCUAAGGAACAGGGUCAGAACUGUUCGGAGCCAAAUGGCUUGGGCUCAGGUCGAGGAACAGGAAAGAAUUAGGAGCUCCUUAGAGAUUGAACUAGCUAAAGCCGAUGAGAGGAUUGCAACCGCUGAAGCUGAGCUGGGCAGCUUUGACGCUGCUAUACGAGAAGCUGAGGAGGAAACUGAAGCCGCUGCUGAAUACGUUAGACAGAGUACUGCCAAACUCGAACACGCACAAAGUGAGAAGGUGGAGAUUAAAGCAAAGUGGGACGAACAAAUGACUGAACGUCAUGAUUUGCAGGCACAGCAACGUCAGAUACGAGAUUAUUUAAAAGCAGCAGAGGCUAGGAUAAACGAAACGCAGCAAAAGAUUGAAGAAGAAAACCAACGUCUGGCUGACCUUAGCGGAGGCAGUUAUACUAGGAAACAGGAACAACUCGAGCGAGCAAAAGCAGAAGCUGCACAUGCCAGUGCACAGUAUGAGGAACAUCAACGCAAUACAGAUCGCCUAUACCGAGAGUUGGAAGUGGCUGGGAAAGAAGUGGAUUCAUUGGCGGCGCCACUUGGCAGAACGAAGGCCGACGUUGAGCAAGCUGAGAAGCUUUUACGAAGUCUAAGCAAAGAAGGAGGACCCAAGAGCUCAGGUUUCCACGACAAAAUGCCGUCUCUUCUGAGGGCUGUUCAACAAGAACAGGGCUUCACCGAAAGGCCUGUCGGUCCCAUCGGUCGCCAUGUGACCCUGCUGAAGCCAGAAUGGUCAUCUAUUUUAGAAAACUCUUUCGGCACGACAUUAAACAGCUUCAUUGUAACAUCUAAAAGAGACAUGGACAUUCUUUCUCGUGUUAUGCACAAUGUCAAUUGCAUAUGCCCAAUAUUUAUAGGAAAUGAUGGGUACAUUGAUACAUCAGAACACGAGCCUGAUCUUAAGUUUGAUACGGCUUUACGGGUACUUCAGAUUGACAACGAACUCGUUCGUCGACAGUUGAUCAUUAACCAUGGUAUUGAGCAAAUGCUUCUAAUCGAAAAGCUAGAAGAAGCAUCUUCAGUACUCUUUGAUGGACAGAAACCUAGGAAUGUGAAGCGGUGUUACUGUAUUGACCAAAUGGACAGACGCCGAGGCAUCCAUCUAUCUUACAACCGUGCGGGGGAGCCAAGCCAGGCGCCGGUGCCUGUAUAUAGUGGCAACCCACGAAUGAAAUCGGAUCUAGCUUCCCAAAUCAGGGUUCAACGUGAUGUGGUAACGGACCUCAGACGUAAACUCAGUGAUCAGGAAGAGCAAUUCCGAUCUGCUCGGUCUCGCUUGGAGGGGUGCAGGCAGGCUCGUAUGAGGCAUGAAAAGAGUACAAAUGAGUUACGAAUCACAUUACAAAGGAAGGAAGACCAUGUGGAAGAGCUUACAGAUGCACUUGACAAAGAACCUGUGGAAGCUGACCAUCUUGAUGUGCUGCGAGCUACGCUCCAGGGGGCCAAGGAAGAGAAACUCAUCAACGAAGGGUCAUUGAAAGACAGUGUGGAGGCCAUGGAAACCAUGAUGAAGGAGCUUAAAACCAUUAAACAACAAAUCGCUUCUAAGGAUGCCGAUAUAGCUGCGUCGACGGAAGAGCUCCGUGUAACUCAAAGUGAAGUAUGCACCGGACAAGACAAACGCCGAAAGAUCAUUAACGAUAAAAACAUUGCGGUUGAACGAAUCAAUGAUAGCAGACAAGAAAAAGAGAGGAUAAAUAAGAAAAGAGAGGAAAUUGCUGCACGCGUUAUCGACUUCAGUGAGAAAGCCAGCCUAGUCUCACCGCGGGUUCCAAUUCCUGAAGGUGAGACUGCUGCUAGUUUGGACAAAAAGCUGGACAGGCUUAAUAGGGAUAUACAACGUUAUAACCAACAAUUGGGUGCAUCUCGCGAUGAGAUCGCCGCUGAAGCCGCCAAAGCAUCCACAGCUUAUGACCGCGCCCUUAAGCAAGUGGAGGAAUUCAGAUUACUUGCGGAUAUUCUCAUUGAAACACUCAAACAUCGCAAGAAACGUUGGGUGAUUUUCAGAUCUCACAUUUCAUCUCGGGCGAAGGCGCAAUUUACGUACUUACUAAGCGAGAGAAGUUUUCGUGGUCGACUUCUAACUGACCAUGAGAGCAAGCUGCUGGAUUUACAGGUCGAACCUGAUAUAACAAAGGAUAGCACUGGGCGAGGUGCAAAGACGCUUUCGGGUGGUGAAAAGUCUUUCUCCCAAGUUUGUCUUCUAUUAGCACUUUGGGAGGCUAUGGGCUCUCCUGUCCGUUGCUUGGAUGAAUUUGACGUGUAUAUGGACCACAUUAAUAGGAAGAUGGCAAUUGAUAUGCUUAUGCUAGCCGCGAGGCGGUCAGUAGGUGUGCAAUUUAUACUAAUCACACCUGGCUCAAGGGCAGAGAUUAGUUUAGCUCCUGAUGUCCGUGUGAAGGAAUUGGCAGAACCUGAACGAGGGCAGACCAGAUUAACAUUUCACCAGUGAUCGGAAUGGGGACACUCUGUUUUGUACAGAACAUUUUGCAAAUAAUAACAAUCCACGAGGGCUGAUGUGUACGAAGAGUGUCCCAUUAUGUGGACAAGAAUAGACGCCUCAAAGUGGUCCUGAUUCCACGUAAAGCCCAAUAUUUUCCGUCAUAUACUACACACCCUCCGCCACCGGCGGGCAAAGAAGGGGGGUAAAGAAGUCCGUAUGAAAGGUAAUAAGCAUGCAACUUGAUUAUCGAGAAAGAUGGAUUUGCAAAACAUAGACUAAAUGUCUGUGUCUGAGUGUCUGGCUCAUUCGUUUAAUUGAUCCAACUGGUGCAGAUCAACUGGAAGACCACUACCUAAACACGCUCCGUUCUCUAGAGGCAUCUUGAAUGACCCUUGAUCUCAAAAGCGGGGCUCUUGCGUCCGGCAAGCUGCCAGGACCUGGGCUAGCAACUGAAAGAGAGCUUGGUGGGCUCUUCCGAUAGCCUAGCAUCAUGAAACAACAAAGUCGAUCAGUGAUUGGGAAAAUACAUAAAUCCCUACAUUUCCCUGCUUGUUCAUGGAUUAACCUACCCAGAAGCUGGUUCGGGGUAUUUUAUGGCAUCUCGAUGGUUGGAUGCUGGGGCAUUUUGUUACAUAUAGGGCUGAAAACACUUGCGUCAUGGUGGAGAAAUGCAGCAGCUGUCGAGAGGUCCUGUAGGCAAU